CUUCUUUUUCCUGUGGCCCUUUCUGCCUUUUGUUUGCCCUUUAAACAACCCACUAGACAGCUCUACCUGAAAACAGCUUGAAGUGAUUUUCUGCUUUUCUGAAUACGAGACGGGUUCACAGGCCCUUAACGAAAGUGCGGCUGCGAACGAGCAGGCGCGCACGGGGCUCGGGGGAGGUGCGCCGGAGCUGCCGGCGGCGACGACUACGACGACCAGGAGAGCGGACGGAGGCGGCGCCUGAAGCAGUGGCGGAGCCCAUGCCCCGGGACGGCGGGAGGGUCCGGAGAGACAAGUCCGGGGCCCGGGGCAUGUCCCCGGGGCCCCCGUGAGGAGGUGGCGGCGAUGGAGAUCCCGCCGCAAGAGGCGCCGCCCGGGCCGGGCGCGGACGGCGAAACCGAGGAGGCCCCCGCCGAGGCCCGGUCUCCCAGCCCCGCGUCGCCCCCGGCCGACGGGCGCCUCAAGGCUGCGGCCAAACGCGUCACAUUCCCCUCCGACGAAGAUAUCGUGUCCGGAGCUGUGGAACCCAAAGACCCCUGGAGACACGCCCAGAAUGUGACCGUGGAUGAGGUCAUUGGCGCCUACAAGCAGGCCUGCCAGAAGCUGAACUGCAGACAGAUCCCCAAGCUCCUCAGGCAGCUUCAGGAGUUCACGGACCUUGGGCACCGCAUUGAUUGUCUGGACCUGAAAGGCGAGAAGCUUGACUACAAGACCUGCGAGGCCCUAGAAGAGAUCUUCAAGAGGCUGCAGUUUAAGGUCGUGGAUCUGGAGCAGACGAACCUGGAUGAAGAUGGUGCCUCGGCUCUCUUUGACAUGAUCGAGUACUACGAGUCAGCCACCCACCUCAACAUCUCCUUCAACAAGCACAUUGGCACACGGGGCUGGCAGGCUGCCGCCCACAUGAUGCGCAAGACCAGCUGCCUACAGUACCUGGAUGCCCGCAACACACCCCUGCUGGACCACUCGGCGCCCUUCGUGGCCCGUGCCCUGCGCAUCCGCAGCAGCCUCGCGGUGCUGCACCUGGAGAACGCCAGCCUGUCGGGGCGGCCCCUCAUGCUGCUCGCCACGGCCCUGAAGAUGAACAUGACUCUGCGGGAGCUGUACCUGGCUGACAACAAGCUCAACGGCCUGCAGGACUCGGCCCAGCUGGGCAACCUGCUCAAGUUCAACUGCUCCCUUCAGAUCCUGGACCUCCGUAACAACCACGUGCUGGACUCAGGUCUGGCCUACAUCUGCGAGGGCCUCAAGGAGCAGAGGAAGGGGCUGGCGACCCUGGUGCUCUGGAACAACCAGCUGACACACACGGGCAUGGCCUUCCUGGGCAUGACGCUGCCGCACACGCACAGCCUGGAGACGCUGAACCUGGGCCACAACCCCAUCGGGAACGAGGGCGUGCGCAACCUCAAGAACGGCCUCAUUGGCAACCGCAGCGUGCUGCGCCUCGGCCUGGCCUCUACCAAGCUCACGUGCGAGGGCGCGGUGGCGGUGGCGGAGUUCAUCGCCGAGAGCCCCCGCCUCCUGAGACUGGACCUUCGGGAGAACGAGAUCAAGACGGGCGGGCUCAUGGCACUGUCGUUGGCCCUCAAGGUGAACCACUCUCUGCUGCGCCUGGACCUUGACCGCGAGCCCAAGAAGGAGGCGGUGAAGAGCUUCAUCGAGACGCAGAAGGCGCUGCUCGCCGAGAUCCAGAACGGCUGCAAGCGCAACUUCGUGUUGGCGCGGGAGCGGGAGGAGAAGGAGCAGCGGCUGCAGCUGUCGGCCUCCAUGCCCGAGAUCACCGUCACCGAGCCCCAGCCCGGCGACGAGCGAGCCCGAGCCGAGCCCGGGCCUGGGGAGGAGCCCACCGCCCAGGCGCAGGAGAACGGGGCCACAGCCCCCGGCCCUGGGCCAGACUCAGACUCAGACUCAGACUCCGAGGGCGAGGACGGGGCGGAGGAGGACGGGGAGAGGGCUGAGGCCCCCUGCCCAGCCCUGGUGCCCCCCACGGACUCCCUGGGCCCUGGGGACAGGAGCCCCCCAGGCUGCCCCUCCUCCCCCUCUGAGCAGCGCAUUUCCGUGUCCAGCCCGGGCCGGGGCCACAAGGUAUUUGUGGUGACCCGGGUGGAGAGUCCACCCGAGAGGGCAGCACCUCCUGUGCCACAUGCCCUUCCUUCCCUGCCUGCCCCUCCCUGUCCCCCGUCCCCUUCUGCCUCAGCCUCCCCUCCCACCUCGCCUGCCCUCUCGCCAGCUGAGGCCAUCAACACUCGGGACCCAGGGUCAUCCGAGCCUCAGCCCCAGCCGGAGCCACCCCAGCCAGGGCCACCGCUGCCCAACGGCCUGAAGCCUGAGUUUGCCCUCGCACUGCCCCCAGAGCCGCCGCCAGGGUGCGAGGCCAAGGCGGGCAGCUGUGGCCUGGAACACGAGCUGAGCUGCUCCAAGAACGAGAAGGAGCUCGAGGAGUUGCUUCUGGAAGCCAGUCAGGAAUCUGGGCAGGAGACACUGUGACACUUUAGUUCCUUUCUUCUGGUCGGUCUUCGAUGAGCUGAGGCCAGAGCCAUGAGAAUCUGCUCACCCUCACCCCCAGCCUUCCUGAGGCCCAGGACGCCAGGGGGUGGGGGGCCUUCUUGGGGACCCCUGCCCCUCGCAGCAACACUACACGGGGUGCAGGAGCUACAGGGAGUGGCCCUCCCCACCCUGACUUAAGCACUUCUAUUUAUGUGUCUGACACUCGAAGACUCUGGGCUGGGGGUGGAUGGGAGGAGGAACGGGAGAAGGUGGGUGCGGCUCUGAGGACAUUGGCCACCAGGCCAGGCACCUUUCCCCAGGGGCCCGUUUGGCCAGGCUUGCCUCGUCGAGGCCAGGAGUCCUAGGUGGUGGUGGGAUGGUCCCCCGGUGGCCCCGGGCGCAGGACCAGGCAGCAGGCUCGGGAGGGGCGGUGAGUGGUGGUGGUGGUGGUGGUGGUGGUGGUGGUUGGCAUUUGUAGAGCAGCUCCAGGCGGGGAGAGGGCCUGGGCUGGGGGCGGGGGGGGAGAUGGGAGCAGAGGACCAGAGCUUUCUUUUUCUUAAGUGCAAUAAAUCUAUCAGGGAGCUGGGGUCGGGAGCAGCCAGGGCUCAGGAGACCCUGCUGUCCGGGCCACUUGAGGCUGCCCCUGAAAGGCACUACAACCCGGGGUGGGGUGGCGCGGGGGUGGGGUGAGGGUGGGCAGAGGGCGGGGAGGGGCUGCUCCUGUUGGUGCAACUCUGUUCACACCUUUUCUAAUAAACCAGAGCUGCGUUCCCCA